AAAGUAGGCCACUGCAUUCUAUGCAGGCAGUCCUUCACUCCACUUCAGAAGGGCCUUUCUGAUACUCGGCGCAGGUCUAUUGUGCAACCUGUUUAUUUAUUUAUCACAGGCAACUGUCCGCAAACGAGCUAGCGAUGCCGCAGUGAAACAAGAUCGAUACUUGAUUUUACACACAUGGAUGAUGUUGUAAUGCAGGACUUAAAAUGAUUUUCUCGUAACGUUUAAGCAUAGGCCACGGGGCCUUUGUUUGAUAGCCAUUCCAUUCAUCGGCUGCAGUUCAAUCUUCGAUCAGUUGCACCUGCCAUUGCAAUCCUCAAAAUGCCUAAUAAACCACUGAAAACAACCCACUACAUUGAGCUUGGUAGGGGGAGCUACCAGUAUUGGCCCGUUCUCAUUCCGAGGGGCAUUCGCCUGUACUCAUACGAACAAGUGCCGAUGUUUCUGAAAGAGAACCCAUUUAUCACGGAUGGGUACAGAGCACACCUGCCGUCGAAGCUCUGUUUGCGGAGUAUCUUCAUCCUCUCCAACGAAACUGUGAAUAUCUGGAGUCACCUGCUCGGCUUCGUCUUGUUCUUCUUGCUGGGGGUGAAUGACUUGUCAACGGUGCUACCCGCAGCAGGAGCUUCAAGGGAAGACUAUGUCAUUUACUCAAUUGGGCUCUUCUGCUUUCAGGUGUGCAUGCUGUGCUCCGUGGGCUACCACCUGUUCUGCUGUCACCGCUCUGAGAAGACGAGUCGCCGCUGGCUGGCGCUGGACUAUGCAGGCAUUUCCAUUGGCAUCCUGGGAUGCUACGUGCCAGGAGUGUUUUACGCCUUCUACUGCAACAGUCUGUGGCGUCAGGUGUACCUGGUGAUUGUGUUGGCCCUGAUCCUGGCGGUGUUCGCUGCCCAGGUGCACCCUCGCUACAUGAGUCCGGACUGGAAGCUGCUGCGCUCCGCCCUCUUCUGCUCCGUGGCCGCCUUCGGGGUGCUGCCGGCCUGCCACUGGGUCUGGCUCAGUGACGGCUUCAGCAACGAGAUAGUACAGGCAUUCUUUCCCCGGGUGAUGAUUAUGUAUGUGAUUGCUGCUUCUGCAUUCAUGUUCUACAUCACCAAAAUUCCAGAGCGUUAUUUCCCAGGUCAUGUGAACUACCUGGGUGCCAGUCACCAGCUGUGGCACGUGCUGGUGGUGUUCAUGUUCUACUGGUGGCACCAGACCGCUGUCUACAUCAUGAACUACCGUAAAAGAACACCGUGCCCACAGUUCACCGCCAGUGGUUGAAGAAGCUCUUACCUUAGAGACAAGAAGGCUCCCGCACACAGGCCACAUUUGCAGCAUGUAAUAGCAACGUUUCGGGUUCCCUUCCAAAACACCUGGCCAAAGGAGGUGUGCAGGAAUUCUACACAAAAAAAUUGUUCGCUCAGACCAGAGAGACCCCUACGUAGCCAAUCCCAAUUUAACCCCUGGGUGGGGGUAUUCUGAAUACAUGGUUUACUGCCUGACAAGUAGAAUUAAAUCGAGCAUUAGCUCAGCAAAGUCAAAAAUAUACGAAUGCAUGAGCUAUACGGCUUUGUUUACGAACACACCAAAGCAAUAAGACUGAGCGCCCUAUGUCAGGACCUUCACCAUCAGGACUUGGCUGGCACACAACCAGCCAGGGCUCAAACUACACGACUUGACAUCGGGUGGAGUAUUCCAAGAGCUCCAACUCAGUAGGAAACCAGGUUAAAGUAACCUUGAGGUAGUGAUAAAUCAUCUAAUAGAAGAGCCUGAAGAAUUCAUUUUCUUACCUAGAUGACUCGUGCAGGCUCUCUAUUAGCAGGUUUCCACUGUCUGCAGGUUAACUUAAGCCAGCUUUGUCACUUAUCCAUGUUCUUGGAAUACUGCGUGCCCAGGUUGUGCUGUACACAUGUAUAGAAACGCAACCGACAAUCUUUUCUCCAAUCUUGUUGCAAACGUGCAUACACUGUUCAACAAUCCAUUACGUCAAUAUCGUAACAUGUUUUCAUAUCUACAAUUUCUGAUCAGCCAAUCAGGUGAAAUUGGGAUGUCAUCCAAGACAAAGGAAAAUUUGUCUGAUAAUCGCUUGUGGUGCUCCUGGGGAGAGUAACGCCCUACCGUUUGUCGUAAAACGUGGGCGGGUUCAGCCAAGAAUGGGGCUGAUAGUCGUGUAGUUUGGGCCCAGCUUUAAACAUGCACUCUGGAAUACCCCCAGCUCCCCAGUCCAUCCUCCCCUGGACACAGGAUCCUGUCUGUACAUAUACUGUACGUACCUCCCCCAUGUGUCAACGAGAGCCAAUGGAGCCUGUGCAAGGACCGACUGUCUGUCUGUCACCAACAGUGUUCUUAUCGUUUGCUAAAGACCUGUUUGUAUCUUGCAACAAAAAAAGCGCACAAUGAUUUCCUUCUGUAUCAAAUGUGGUGAGAGAGUGGAAAGUAGAGGAUGUUGAUGUACACAUCCCUGCAUAGGCAGGAUCACCGGAGGCGUGGGAGCCAAAUACCACUGUGGAUGCUGAGCACCAGCGCCCAAAUGCUGCUCGAAAAUGGAGCAUAAAGAACAAAAGGGAAACCCCAUGACACACACUCUGAGCAAAGACAACAAUUACACACAGACUCUGAGCAAAGACAGCAAUUACACACACACUCUGAGCAAAGACAACAAUUACAUACACACUCUGAGCAAAGACAACAAUUACAUACACACUCUGAGCAAAGACAACAAAUGCACACACACUCUGAGCAAAGACAACAAAUGCACACACACUGAGCAAAGUCAAACACAGACACACACCACACACACACACGUAUCCUUAGUCUCUCUGUCACUCUUUCUCUCUCUCACACACACUCAUGUACACAAGUUAAUCUAGAAUAUAUCUCCUCUAUGCUGACUAGAACAAAAAAGACUACAAGCCGAGUGCACAGUACUCUGAAAAGCACUGGUUAAAGCCAAGCCAGUAGGCGUAAGAGACACAUAUGAACACAUAUGGACUUUAAAAUACAGGUUUCCUUUUCCUCUUCCUCUAUGUAUGCAUGCAUGUAUUGCCUGAACGGCCUCUGGUUUGCUGUGAAAAUGAAAUGCUACCGACUGCCAACCUUGUGUUGUGCACUGCAUCUCCUCAUUAUGCACUUACUAACUAUGCUGCCUUGUCUAAAGAAAUAUUUUAUUUUCUUUCAUUGCUUCUUUAUUUUUUUAGAGGUCUCCUCUAUUUUGUUUUUAGACUCCGAGAGUGCUACUCGGAGCCUUUCUUUCUGUUCUGUAAUGCAAGUCACAGUGCUGUUUUGUUCCAUUUUUGUGCUUGUUUUGUUCAAAAAAGAAAAGCAUGUACUGUACACACACUUCAUUGCCAUAUGUAUCAAAGGGUCAGUAGAGCCACUGGAGCAAUGUUACGAUGUCAGUCAUAUCGUAUAUGGGACUAAAGGGACAAAGGGACAGUAUUGGGGAAAUGUCCCAGGUCAGUGAUAUGCUAAAAUGACCUGUGAUUCCUCCGUUUGCUGAAGGUGUAUCAAGGGACAAGGGCUCAGUUACCUCUUCUGUUGCACUGGUGUGACAGUGUUACUUCACUGUAGUUCUUUUUUCUUCUCUGCACCAAUAUCUGUUUCUCUUCUGAAAGCCGCCACGUUUUUACUUGACAACAAUCAUUGUGGCCGGUCUCUUCUCUUUGCCAUUUUUCUCUUUUUUUGUUGAUUUGGGUAUUAGUGAAAUGCAUUUGGAAUGGCCAGUCUAUCUAUGAAUGUUGACAAUAAAUGACACUUUCUUUCCA